CAAGCAAAACCCAACACUUACAUAAAAUAACUACAAGGGGACACCAGACAUAACAAAAAUCUACAACAACAUGGAAACACAAACCAUCCAGUAAAUAACUAUUAAUCUCUCUUUAUGACUGGUACAGUCAUUUUGCAGUCUGGCCAUGGAGAAUGUUACAAUAUUCAAGAACCACUAUACUGCAGCUGCUAUCAUGAGAGACUUGAGAAGAUGGAUUUGGUUACCAGUGAUCAGAGUCCGUUGUUCAGUUGGAUGUUGAGUGUUUACCUCUCCGGUGUGAUUAUCCCAUACUAUUUCACAUGAUAAAUAGUACAUUUCACUCUAUUUUUUAUUGAUCAGAUGGUUUCCUCCUUCACCACACAUCCACUGUUGCCCAGUGUGCUGUUACCACAACAACGCCAGCAUGGCUUGGCACUGAGUACCUCUCUCUCUGUGUUACAGGCAGAAGGCCAGAAGCAGCUGAAAACCCCAAAGCCAGCACAGACAGCAUGGCUCCACAGUGUACACAGAUAAAUAGUGGAGCAUGCUGGGCUGCUGGUGAAUGGGCCAUGUCAUAAGACUGACUUCUGAAUCCAGAGAGGCACAGAGAUGCUGGCAUUGGAUAAGGCUGACUUCAUGUCACACCCUGCUCCUCUGUGGAUUUGUCAAAACUUGUGGAGGGCCAAGACAACAUGAAUACCAGUGACCCAGGCUCCAACUUUACCCUUUCCUCCAACACAGAAAACAUCACUCUGUCUAGCCUAACAUCCACCACCAUCUCUCCCACCACCCCACUCCCUUCAUCCUAUUCUUCAGACAUCCAUGACCCAGAAUUCACCAUCAUGGUGGUGCUGGGCUUAUCGCUGCUGCUGGCAGGGUUAGCAGCCUUCCUGGCAGUGUGCCGGCCCUCUGAACAGGACGGGGACUCUGAGGCGAGCUGUGGCCCAGGGGAGAGCUUGACCCAUGGAAAAAGCCAGUCCAGUGAGCCCCAGCUCAAGGUCUGGAAGAGGCUGGGCUCCUAUCGGCGUUCAUACAACCUCUCCUUCAGAAGACCGCCGCAUCGUAGGCCACACGAGCGUGAGAGCACGCAUGCUUCCCAGUCUCCAGACAGACAGACAGCACAGCCAGAGACCAGCGUGGAGUCGCACGUCACUAUGCCUUGUCUAUUUGACUAUGUCACUGAAAUCUAACUGGAGGACUGCUUAAGGACUGACUGAUUGCUUCCCCAAAUCAGAGUUAAACUGCUUUUUUUAUGUUGCAAUUAUCACUAAUACCAGGUAUGGGUAAAUAAGAUUUUUUUAGCAUUUGUUUUAACAUACUUUGAAUGCUAGAUGGAUGAGGUUUGCUACAACAUGCUUACAAAUGAGGCAAUUAAAAAGCUAUGGAGCAGUGUUUAUACAUUUUUGUCACUGAUCAUUUUACUAUCUAUAGCAGACAGCAUAUUCACCAGGAGUGUAAUGAUUUAAUCUAACAAUGACUCCAUUUGAUUCUCUCAGGCAGGGUUUGAUGAAUCAUCAAAACUCAAAUUAAAAUUUGAUUAAAUUCAAUUUCUAACACAAAGUAUAUGAGCUCCUCAGAUGUGAAUUUUAAAAAGAAACUCACUUUCAAGACCAAGUUAAGGCCUCAAAUGACAGCAGCUCAGUUAAGUCUACAUGCUAUUUUCAACAAUAGUGAUUUAUGAGGAGGGAAUUUUCUCCAAUCACAUUCAAAGUCUGGAGACAAGUAUCAUUCCUCUAAAUCACUCAGCUAAUUGCUCUGCUGCAGUAAACCACAUCCAUCUGGUAAUUCAUGUGCGUUAAGACAAACACUAGGAAUUAUUUUACAGUACAAUUUCAUGCAGGUCUCUGUUAUUCCUGAACCUGCUGACAGUGUUAUCAGAUAUGAUGGGUUAUCAAUACUGAAAAGACAAAUGCAACCUGAGC